UCUAACUUUUAUUUUUAUUGAAUUUUAAGUAAAUCAAGAGAAAAAUUAAGUAGACGAAAAAAAAAUACUUACUACCAUUGAUAAACAAAUGUCAUUUCUAAAAAUAAAUUAGGAUGGAGUAUGAAUGAGAGAAAAAAAUAAAGAACUUACAACCCCAUAUAAUGGUUGCUAAAUGAUAAUUAAUCUUUCUAUAUAAAACUCGAUUGAAAGAUCAUAUAAUACAUGAUAAAAUCAAUUGAAGAAAUUAACAAUAAGACCACCGACAGAAAAUAUAUAGAAGAGAAAAAGCCGAAUGAAAAACGUUUCUGGAGAUAAUGACGUAACGAUUGAGUCUUGACCAAUUCUGACAUCUAAAUCAAAUCAAAUAAACAAGUAAAAAUGUCAAUACUACUAAUUUCAUGAACUACGAAUCUUUUUAUAUUUACUCAAAAUCACAUAGCUACUUUCCGUCUAAUCGAUCGCGCUGACACUUGUGAUUCAAGAUGAAUAAAAGCAUUGCAUGCAUCUCUGAAGGGUUUUCAUAUUUUUCUGUGCGGUAGCCUUGCACAACAGACUAGACUCAGGAAGAAGAAGAGUGAAAUGUGAUUGAUUUCAUCUUCAAUGACAUAUAUCAAUGUAACGAUAAUGUAAUAGAACUAUCUGUUACAUAUAGUGUCAUCUAGCGAUAUAGUUUGAUAUAGAAACAAUGCUCAUGAGGUGGUUGGUGCAUUGAUCAUUUUUUUGUUCUUUAACUGUUCUUUGUUCAUCUUCUUUAUGAAAAUUUCGAUUCACAUAUCUUGCAAUAUUAUUUUAAGAUUUGGGACACUCAAAUCGAUAUCAGAAUCGAUGUGCAAAAAACAUAACCAGCAGGAAGUGCUCCAUUUAAAAAUGAUGAAAGUAGGCCGUUUUUUAUCCGAUUAUUUUUCUUUUCGACGACUGUGUAAAGCUCAAAUUAUAAGAGCAUGUGAGCCGUACUUUACAGUCAUCUGUCCUCUCGCUUCAAAUUAUCCUUAUUAUAGCUUCUAGGAGUGUAACACUCUUUUCCUUAACAUGUAUUAAACCCUUUCAUGUGUCUCGUCUUGCACUUCAAUCCAUCAACCUCGCUAGUCACCAAGUAGGUGCAAUUCCAUAUUGCAUGUUUUCUCUGCAUGAAAAUACUAAUAUACUUUUUUUUACUACUCUAUUAAAUUUAUCUUUAUCUUUUAUUUUUGUUUAGAAUAUUGCUGCACAAAACAACAGCAGCAGCAAUACCGACAACAAUAUUCCACCAGCUCCACCAUUUCAAGGUUUUCUUAUAUAUUUACAACAACAACAACAGAUACAACAACAACAACAACAGCUACAACAACAAACACAACAGCUACAACAACAAACACAACAGCUACAACAACAAGCACAACAGCUACAACAACGGGAUGGACAGAUACAACAGUUAGAACAACAAUUACAACAACAAAAUAAUAGUGGUCGUGGUCGUGGCCGACAUGGUGGUUUUGGUGGUCAUCUUCGUCGUGUUCGACGUGGUGGUCCUGGUGGUCGUCUUCAUCGUAUUGGUCGUGGUCGUGCUCGUGGUUCUGGUGAUCGUGCUCGUGGUUCUGGUGGUCGUCUUCGUCGUAUUGGUCGUGGUCCUGGUGGUCGUCUUCAUCGUAUUGGUCGUGGUCGUGCUCGUGGUUCUGGUGGUCGUGCUCGUGGUGGUUCUGGUGAGGUUGGCAGUAUUAGUAAUGGUAACAAUAUUCAAACUCGUCGUGCUACAUGUUAA